CGACAUAAAUUUCAUAACAACUUUUCUUUGCGUAAUAAAAUUAGCCUUCCGGGUAGACGAUGGAGCGUUAUAAAUCUGUCAUAUCCGUCCUUGUCUACCCGUUCUCCUCGUUCCUGUAUCGCUCACUCCUCGCGUAGGGAGGCAGCUAAGGCGUUCUGUUUGUGGAUCUCGAAGAGAUCGACUUUGAUCGAACUUUAAAAUGAACCACUGCGCUGUGCAACAGAACGCUUUAGCUGCCUGGGAGGACUGGGAGGAGAUGGGGGGAUCCUUCGCCGUCGCUGGUGCAGACCGCAAACACCCGGCCAUCUGCCCCAAGCACCAGCGGAUGGCUCCCCUUCCUUCCGUUGCUGUCCCGGUCCGGCCCUUGCGACGGAUUCCGAGUAAUCACUUGGAUCUGUUGGAUCCUUGUGAUCCGGAAGCUGGAGCAGUGUUUCCCGGUUUCCUUCUUCCAAAGGGUGAAGGAGCAGAGAACUCCGUGCCUUCAUCCCCCUCGUUCUUCUGUGGCUCUCCACCGAGACGGGUGGCGAAUCCCGUUGUUUUCGACUCCCGCUUCGGAGAGGACCGGCCGCCGGUACCCGUCGGUCAUUUUCCGGCGAUCCAGUCCAGCUUGAGCGCGCCGAUUCUUCCGGCACAGAAAGGCUGUCCCUCUGCCAAGAUCAGCUACGAGCCUGCCAGGGUGCGAAUCGAGGGUUUUGAUUGCCUCAACCGCGACCGGCAGCGCUGCAACAGCAUCACUGCUGUAGCCUAGACGACGACGACAACGACCACCUUGUAAAUGUGUAGACUCUAAUCAUUAACAUCCACUAUUAGAUUCUAAAUAACAGAAACAAAGUUUGAGAGCAAAGUGAGAGAACUGAAUCUGCAAAUUGGAUUUCAAUUGUCUCGCAUCUUGUUUAGUCUUUCAUUUUCCGAGUAGGUUUUGCGUUUUUGGUUCUUUUGUAGAUUUGAAGUGAAAUGAAGGAGUGUAAGCCUUCUAAGCUCAUGUGCUAUUGUAUUCUAUGUCUAAACUGGGGCGUUGAAUUGUAAAACGAAAAAUAGGCUCAUUCAUGGAGUUCCAUCCCAGUUUUCA